AUGUAGAAACAUAAGAUGGCUGAAAGAAGCGUGCCCGGAUUGAUUUUAUCAGUGGUUGCGACUAUCCUUCUCCUUAUCCCGCUAUGUCUGUGGAAUGUUAAAGAAUCUGUCGUCCUUGUCCUUAUAGCAUUCCUGGCUGUUGGACUGUGUUCUAUCAUUAGACUACUCGUCGUACUCAACGCAAAUGGCACGGAGAUAGGAGUCAUCAAUGACAAUAAGAAGAUGGUUAACAUGCUCGUCGUUGCAAUCGCGGCAAUUUCUGGUUUGUGUGCCUUUAUUGCCUUCAUCUGGUUGACUGUUGAUAUAGCGGAAUACAAUAGCAGCCCAUACUCUAGUUUCUUUAGCUACAAUGCGACAUUCUAUUUCGGAUACGGGUGUGUAGUUGCCUCUGUUGUUGCAAGCAUUGGUAACAUUGGGCUAGGAUUUCUUGAUACGCGUGUGUAGUUGCUUCUGUUGUUGCAAGCAUUGGUAACAUUGGGCUAGGAUUUCUUGAUACGCGUG